AUGGCCGCUCAAGACAUCGCCAUCGAGAGACUGCAGAUGGCAGUGGUUGAUGGCCGAACGGACAACAUUCGGUAUCGCCAGAACCAGCUCCAGAGCCUCCAUGCAGCUCUGCGCAACGAUGCUGGCACCAUCGCCAGUGCGCUCGCCGCCGAUUCACAAGCUUCUUCCGCAGAGGUCGAGGCGGAAUACUACUUGGCCAUGAACUCUGUCCAGCACUUCUAUGACUCCCUAGUUUUCAAGGACGAGCACGAGAAGGAAUACCAAGUCACCCACGGAAAGGACAACGCAACGCGCAGGCUCGGCGUCGGCCUGGUCGUCAUUCGCCCGACAAGCCACACCAGAUUCUACUCCAUUGUCACUCCCUUAGCUGCUGCUAUAAGUGCCGGUAACUGCGUGGUGUUAGAGCUCGCAGACACUCUGUUGCAAGUAGAUGCAGUGUUGCGCAAGAUCCUCCCGGCCACAUUGGACCUCAACACGUUCUACUUGAGCAAGACAAUCAACGACUCGUCUAUACUCGACGCGGCGUUGCUUGUAGACCAGACCAGCGGUGCAUCUUCAACUAGUCUCACGAACCAGCUCCUCUCCUCAUCUGCAACCCGCACAGUUGCCGUGGUAGACCGCACCGCAGACAUCCAGCUAGCGGCAAAGGCCAUCACGAACGCGAGGUUCAGCUUCGGCGGUACAUCGCCCUAUGCCCCCGACUUGGUCUUGGUGAACGAGUUCGUCAAACAAGAGUUUUUCGAGGCGUGCUCGAAGUAUGCAACCCUGGCUUUCGCCAAGGAGGCCAGCGUGAAGAGGGUCAGCGGCAACUUGAACGAGGCGACUCGCAAGGCUGUCAAGGAGGCAGAGGACAAGAAGCAGGUGUCGAGCUUUGGCUCGAACGACUUCAAGCUGGUUGAUGUGCUGGAUAGGUCAUCAUCUCUCACGAAGCGGAAGAUCAGCGGCCGAUACCUCCCCAUUGCCAGUGUCUCGGGUCUGGUCGAUGCCAUCUUCACCGAACAGUUCGAGAACCCGCUGUUGGCCGGCUACUUCUUCGCUGAUCCGGCGGCCGCUAAAUACCUAGCCCAGCACCUGCCCUGCCACGUGUCGAGCAUCAACCAGAUUCCCGUCCAGCUGCUCGUCGGCCCAGCUGCGCCAAUUGCGCACGACGCCGACUUUUAUUACCGCUACAGCAAGGACAUGUUCUCUGCGGCGAGACCGCAGUUCAUCGAGCCCCUGCCCGAGACGUUUGCCAAGGUCGAGGAGCUGCUGUCCGGCUCGAAGAAGACGUCUACCUCUGCCGUCCGCGCCUUGGCAGUCAAGCCACUCAAGCCAACUGGGCAGCCCGGGAACGCCCAGCUCGGUUUCUUCGAAGCUGGAUUCCUCACCAUGGCCGGCAUCACCUUCUUUGGCGUGCUCCCAGUCCUCGGUUACAGCUCUUGGAUCGCUGCAAGGAAAGGGCUGGAAUUGGCUAUGCGAUGGAGACAUUGA